AUGUCCGCAUCCCCGACAGAAGCCCUCCGCACUUGGGAGCGGCUCUACCAGCAAGGCCUAGCCCACGCCCGCUCCAACGAGCUGGAGGAGGCGCUUCUUGCCCACCGCGGCGCCCUGGCGCUAUGCGACCAGAUCAGCAACACCGGCGGCGGUGGCGACGACACGCUCCCACAGCCUCCCAACCUCCGCUACGUGGUGCUCCCCUCGCUAGGCUACGUCUACCGGAUGCUGGGUAGACUAACCAGCGCGCUUGAGUGCCUCGAGGAGGCGGAGCAGAACCUGCCCCGCGGCGACCCGGGCCGGCUCAAGGCGCUCGGCGAGCUGGCAGUCGUGUACCGCCACUUUGAGCGGCUGGACGACUCCAAGCGGGCGUGCGAGGAGCAGUAUGAAGCCGCGCGGGAGCUGGGCCUCGAGCACGAGAUGGAGCGCGCUAUCGGGAACCUCGGAAUGGUCAAUUACCAGAUGUUUCUCCUGCAUCGGGACACCACUUACCUGGAUCUGGCCGUCAGUCAGCUGCAGGAGCGGGUAGAGAGGUGUCGGCGGCUGCGGAGCGCCGUCGAUGUUCCCGGUGAUCCCCGGGAUAGGGCAGCCAGGGUGCAGAGCGCCACUGCGCGAGAGGCUAUCGCCUUUGCUCGGUUGUCGCUUUGCUACGCUGCCCAGGGAGACCCUGCCAGGGCGAUCGAGGCGGCGAUAGAGUGCCAAGGGUUGUCCAUUCUAUCAAAAGACCCGAGCAAGAUUGCAUUUUCGAGGUUCUACGUCGGUAGGGCUUUGUUCUUGGACGGGCAGAAGGAGGCUGCGAUUGCUCAACUCAACCCCGAGGACGGGUACACGCCGAUAGCUGCUUUGUCAAAGGAGCCUUGUGAGGAGUACCGGGGUUACAUCUCCGAGAUGAUAGCUGCGGGGGCGGAUGUGACGCUGCGAGACAAAACAGGCUACUCGGCACUAGACUACGCAGUCUACAAUGGGGACGAGCAGACGCAGAAAAUUCUGAUCGAAGCGCUGCGACAGCAAAUCACUCAUGAGGAAGUUGAGCAGCACCGACUAGAGUCGAAACUUCGAAAGGGACACAGGGAGUUGUUUCAGGACAUCCUCCGGCCGGUGCUUCUGCAACCAGACAAGAAGACCAGCGUCAACCAGCUACGGAGGGCCUACGCAGACACCCUUGCCGCGGACGAAGAGAAGGCGAGGCAGUUUGACAAGUUCAAGUAUGUGCGCUUUGAAGACUUUGCUCGUUGCGGUAGAUUACCCAAGGGCACUGACAACUUGACGCGGUGUUUUGGAGACGAUGCCGAUGAUGAACUCUUUGUCAUCUUCAUGUCUUAUACGUGGGCUAAGGUGAAUCCUGGGAGUGGUGGUGAGAUUUCCCCGGACGAUGAGAAAAAUACCAAGUAUCACCAGAUGAUCAGCGCCGUCGAAAGCUUUCUUCGCGAAAAUCCGGAUGUGGAUCCAGCGACGGUUUGCAUAUGGCUCGACUGGGCUUGCAUCGACCAGGUAGACAAAGACGUGCAGGCGCGCGGAGUUGCAGCACUGCCCAUAUCCCUGGCCCAAUGUAACGCCAUGAUCAGCAUCACCGAAGAAACCUACUACGAACGAGCGUGGUGCUGCGUUGAAGCAAUCACGAUCAGGGCUUUGCAAAGAUCGUACGGGGCUCAUAGGUGGCACGAGUAUGAAUACGACGACACACGGCGUAACAGGGUGCUGAAGAAUGGGAGUCUAGAUAGGGUGCUCAGCGUUGCCGCCUCCAAGGUUUCUUUUGAGAGUGACCGUCCCAAGCUGAAGUUCUUGGAGAGGCAGGCGAUGCUUCUGGAUAAUGCUGCACCGGUGCAGGCUUGA